UAUUAUUUGCUGUUUCAACGUCUCCCAAUAGUAGUGUUGUACGUAGUGCUCUUUGUGAGUUACUAGGCAAUACAAUUUAGUGAAUUGACACAAAGACAACAGGUUUAUACUUACGUAAAUUAGUCAAACUCCGUCCACCUCCAUGGCUCCAUCUAGCUACAUGAAUUCCGAGCAUGUCAACGCCGUCAGCCAAAGUACGGUAUGGGCUGGCAUGAGAAGGCCGCCAGUUUUCAUGGAGUGGAGGGCGCGGGAUGUAUUUGGUGUGGUGAAGCGCCACCCCAUACCGUGCUUUUUCUUCGUCGCCGUUUUUGUCUUCAUGCACGUGGAGUUUAGCCACCGCAUGAUCCUGUCGGAUUCUCCGCCGUUGGAUUUCGGCUUCCUCGCCACUGCUCCUCUCAAUCGCAUGCUUGCUUCUCACCCCAACAUUAACCAUCUUCUCGCUGCCAUCAAUACGGUGUUUAUGGCAGUGCUAUUGCUGUACAUAAUAUGUGCGUGGGUGAUUGAGGGUCGUCCAAGAGCUGCAAUCUCGACGGUAUUUAUGUUCACCUGUCGAGGAAUUCUUGGAUGCCUCACUCAGCUACCUGUGCCCCAGGAUUUUUUGGCAUCGGAAGUUGAUUUUCCGGUCGGCAACACGUCCUUUUUCUUGUUCUUUUCCGGCCACGUUGCUACAUUUGUGAUUGCUGCCCAAGAUAUGCAACGGGUGAAGAGACCAAGAUUGGCCUUCACAUUUCAUGUGCUGAAUUUGUUUCAAAUUGUGAGGCUUCUAAGCACAAGGGGUCACUACACCAUUGACAUGGCCGCCGGUUUUGCUGCCGGAUUUCUCUUUGAUUAUUUGGCCGGAAACUAUGAAGAAUAUAAGAAGAAACAAUUCUUUGAUGACUUACCCAGGACAGUUGUAGCAAAUUUGAAUCAGGGUUCUACUGCUAAAAGCACGUAGUGUAGGGGAGAAAAAGAUCAGAUGAAAUGUUGAUAGGCAUACUAAAUGUAAGACAUGUAAAAGAAUUAGGAAGUCCGAUUUCGGGCUGGCAACAAA